AUGGCAGUGUGCUCAGCUGUGGAGGUAGCACGCGGUGAAGAGGAGGUGGAGGCGGCUGAGAUGGCUGAGGCAGAUUGGCUGCGCCGCAGAGGUGCUGAGAACAGAGCUGCCAAAGCCUCGAGGGGUCUUGUUGGACAGAUCAAUACAAAUGAAUGCAAGUCUUUGCCACCUGCCACGACGAAUUCCUCGCGCUUUGCCAGGCUGCAAAUGAAAGUCUCGAGCGCAGGGACAUUCGAUGAGGUUGAGGAGACCUCGUUGAUCCAAGCUGAUGCCAAGGAGCGCGAAGCUUCCACUCCGGGAGCAGCAUGGAAUGCUCUGCUCGAUGGCAGGCCUCUGUUGUGA